CCCGACCGAGUGGUCCGUCCCAUCCCCAUUUACGGGAACUCACAGCGGCGAUCAAUCAUCCUUAAUUUGUAACUGGGCAGUGUCCUGAGCCAGCCAAUAGCCAAGACCGACCCCACCACGCACCCCACCUCCCUGACCCUGCGGGGCUAUCCACUCAGUCGGCACUGAAGCUGCCCAGGGUCCAGGAGUUUGGAGCAGGUCCCGGCUGACGCCGCCGCCCAGAUGGCCUCCAGGCUGACCUCGCUGACCCUCCUGCUGCUGCUGCUGCUGGCUGGGGUUAGAGCCUUCUCAGAUCUGAGUGUUCCUAGCCAGAGCUCCACGGCAGAGAGCCGGCAAGGAGAAAGCGAAGAACACAUCUUGGAGGGAGAGAUCCCCAAGGAUGUAUCCAUUCAGCACACCGAGGACACUUCCACCUUGUUGAAAACCAGCUCGACUGUCGAAACAACUAAUACUGCUUUUGAAUCCACCCGUCAGCCCUUCAUCCAGUCCACUACUCAACCCACGACCGAGCCCACAACUAAGCCCACUACCGAGCCCACUGCUGAGCUCACUACUGAGCCCACUACUGAGCCCACUACCGAGCCCACUACGGCACCCUUCUGUCUGGGGCCUGAUACUUCCUGCUCUGACGUGGAGAGUCAGUCAGCAGAGUCCAAGUUGGGAGAGGCUUUGAUGGACUUCUCGGUGAAGCUCUACCAUGCCUUCUCAGCAAUUAAGAAGGUGGAGACCAACAUGGCCUUUUCUCCAUUCAGCAUUGCCAGUCUCCUAACUCAGGUCCUGCUUGGCGCUGGGGACAGCACCAAGAGAAACCUGGAGAGCCUCCUUUCCUACCCCGAGGACUUUGCCUGUGUCCACCAGGCCAUGAAGGCCUUCACAUCCAAAGGCUUCACUUCAUUCUCUCAGAUCUUCCACAGCCCGGACCUGGCCGUAAGAGACACCUUUGUGAAUGCCUCUCAGAACCUCUAUGGCAGCAGACCCACAGUCCUGGGAAACGACAGUGAUGUCAAUACGGAGCUCAUCAACACCUGGGUGGCGGAGAAGACCAACCACAAGAUCACGCAGCUGCUGGACAGCCUGCCCUCUGACACCUGCCUGGUCUUCCUCAAUGCCGUCUACCUGAGUGCCAAGUGGAAGACAACCUUUGAUCCAAAAAGAACCAGGAUGGAGCCCUUUUACCUCAAAUCCUCUGUGAUAAAAGCAUCCAUGAUGAACAGCAAGAAAUACCCGGUGGCCCAUUUCACUGACCCAACUUUGAAAGCCAAGGUGGGGCAGCUGCAGCUCUCCCACAACCUCAGCUUGGUGAUCCUGGUGCCCCAGAACACGAAACACCAUCUUGAAGACCUGGAACAAGCUCUCAGCCCCACUGUCUUCAAGGCUGUCAUGAAGAAGCUGGAGAUGACCAAAUUCCAGCCCACUCUCCUGACGCUACCCCGCAUCAAAGUGACGAGCAAGCAAGACCUACUGACAGUCGUGGAGAACCUAAAAUUCUUUGACUUUAUUUACGACCUCAACCUGUGCGGGCUGACAGACGACACGGAUCUUCAGGUUUCUGCGAUGCAGCACCAGGCCAUGCUGGAGCUGACGGAGUCCGGGGUGGACGCGGCUGCGGCCUCGGCUGUUUCCGUGGCCCGCAAUUUGCUAGUCUUUGAAGUGCAGCAGCCCUUCCUCUUCCUGAUCUGGGACCAGCAACACAAAUUCCCUGUCUUCAUGGGGCGGGUGUAUGACCCCAGGAUCUGAGACCCGCAGGCCACCAGGCUAAGGCAAGCCCUCCCCCUCAAGCCUCGCCCUUCUGGUGGCAGCCUUGCUGUUGCCUGCCUGGACUGACCUCCAGCCACUUCCCGCCUCGUGUGUUCCCUGCCUCCAUGUGAAGGGUGCCCUCGGGGUCUGCUGAGGGACCUACAUCUAAUGUCCCUUCCCUAUGGCUCCCCAAAACACUUGUUUGCAGCUUUCUCUGGCUCAAGUUCACCAGACUCUACAAAUAAAACCUGGCAGACCAUGA